AUGCAAAGUAAUACCACCUGUCCGACAUUCUCUGUGAUGCAAAGUAGUACAAACGAUCUGAAAUUUUCAGCGAUGCAAGGUAGUACCGCCUGGCUGACAUUUCCAGUGAUGCAAAGUAGCACGACCGGUCAGACAUUUUCAUUGAUGCAAAGUAAUACCACCUGUCCGACAUUCUCUGUGAUGCAAAGUAGUACAAACGAUCUGAAAUUUUCAGCGAUGCAAGGUAGUACCGCCUGGCUGACAUUUCCAGUGAUGCAAAGUAGCACGACCGGUCAGACAUUUUCAUUGAUGCAAACUCGCAUUGGUCGGAAAUUAUCAGUGAUGCAAUCCACCAGCGGUCAGAUAUUAUCAGUGAUACAAAGUAGUACCAUACGUCAGACAUUACGAGUGACGCCAAGUAGUAUCAUUGUGAUGCAAAGUAGCAGCAACAGUGAGACGUUUUCAGAGGGGCAAAGUAGCAGCAACGGUCAGGCGUUUUCAGAGGUGCAAAGUAGUAUCACCAGUCAGACAAUUUCAUUGAUGAAAACUCGCAUUGGUCGGAAAUCAUCAGCGAUGCAAUCCACCAGCGGUCAGAUAUUAUCAGCGAUACAAAGUAGUAGCAUAGGUCAGACAUUACCAGAGGCGCCAACUAGUAUCAUUGUGAUACAAGGUAGCACGAUAGGUCAGACAUUCUCUAUGAUGCAAAGUGGUACAACCGAUCAGACAUUUUCAGCGAUGCAAGGUAGUACCGCCUUGCUGACAUUUUCAGUGAUGCACAGUUGUACCACAGCUCAGACAUUCUCAGUGAUGCAAAGUAGUACAACCGUUCAGGCAUUUUCAGUGAUCCAAGGUAGUAACGCCAGUCAGACAUUUUCAGUGAUGCAAUGUAGUACCAACGGUCAGACAUUUUCAGUGAUGCAAAAGGGGCAAAGUAGCAGCAACGGUCAGGCGUUUACAGAGGUGCAAAGUUGUAUCACCAGUCAGACAUUUUCAUUGAUGCAAACUCGCGUUGGUCGGAAAUUAUCAGCGAUGCAAUCCACCAGCGGUCAGAUAUUAUCAGUGAUACAAAGUAGUACCAUAGGUCAGACAUUACCAGUGACGCCAAUGAUGCAAACCACCAUCCGUCAGAUAUUUUCAGUGAUACAAAGUAGCACGAUAGGUCAGACAUUCUCCAUGAUGCAAAGUAGUACCACCGUUCAGGCAUUUUCAGUGAUGCAAGGUAGUAACGCCAGUCAGACAUUUUCAGUGAUGCAAAGUAGUAUCACCAUGAUGCAAGCCACCAUCCGUCAGAUAUUUUCAGUGAUACAAAGUAGCACGAUAGGUCAGACAUUCUCAGUGAUGCAAAGUAAUACCACCUGUCAGACAAUCACUGUGAUGCAAAGUAGUACAAACAAUCACACAUUUUCAGUGAUGCAAGGUGGUACCGCCAGUCAGACAUUUUCAGUGAUGCAAAGUAGCAGCAACGGUCAGACGUUUUCAGAGGGGCAAAGUAGCAGCAACGGUCAGGCGUUUUCAGAGGUGCAAAGUAGUAUCACCAGUCAGACAUUUUCAUUGAUGCAAACUCGCAUUGGUCGGAAAUUAUCAGCGAUGCAAUCCAUCAGCGGUCAGAUAUUAUCAGUGAUACAAAGUAGUAGCAUAGGUCAGACAUUACCAGGGGCGCCAAGUAGUAUCAUUGGUCUGACAUUUUCAGGGAUAUAA